UCACUUCCCUCUCCAUCAUCUCCCUAACUAUGACCUGGUGGCGCUCCCCAGCAAGCCAUUGGCGUUACCUUGAAGGCCAACAGCCCAGCGUGGCUCUUGUGAUUGGCGUUACCGGCAUCGUGGGCAAUAGCCUAGCUGAGAUCCUACCUCUGGCCGACACACCCGGCGGACCAUGGAAGGUCUACGGCGUCGCCCGCCGCUCCCGACCCAAAUGGAACGCCGAUCAUCCCAUCCAAUAUAUUCAGUGCGACAUCUCCGAUCCAAACGACGUCGAAGCCAAGCUCUCCGGACUGGUCGAUGUGACUCACAUCUUCUUUGUGUCCUGGAUCAGCCGACCCACGGAGGCCGAGAACUGCGAGGUGAAUGGUCGUAUGCUCAGGAACGUCCUCCGCGCCGUCAUCCCAAAUGCUCCAAAUCUCCGUCACAUAUGCCUUCAAACCGGGGUCAAACACUAUGUUGGUGCAUUCGAGUUCUAUGGCAAGAUACAGAUCCACGAUACACCUUUCACCGAGGACUUGCCCCGACUCAACGCGCCUAAUUUCUAUUACACCCAAGAGGACAUUCUGUUUGAAGAGGUAGACAAGAAACAGGGUUUGUCUUGGUCCGUUCAUCGUCCUCAGGCGAUAUUCGGGUUCUCCCCUUAUAGUUUGAUGAACCUGCUAAGCACGCUUUGUGUGUAUGCGGCCAUUUGCAAGCACGAGGGGGUUCCCUUGAAAUUUCCGGGCACUAAGGCUGCGUGGGAGUGUUACUCUGUUGCUUCGGAUGCUGAUUUGAUCGCAGAACAACACAUAUGGGCAGCGGUGGACCCAUAUGCAAGGAACGAAGCCUUUAACUGCAACAACGGUGAUGUGUUUAAGUGGAAGCAUUUGUGGAAGGUGUUGGCUGAACAGUUUGGGAUUGAAGAAUAUGGAAUUGAAGAAGGUUCGGAUCUGAAGUUGGCGGAGAUGAUGAAGGAGAAAGGCCUGAUAUGGGAUGAGAUCGUGAAAGAGAAUCAGUUGCAGCCGACGAAGCUGGAAGAGGUCGGAAACUGGUGGUUUGCUGAUUUUAUGUUGCGUGUUGAAUCGGUGUUAGAUAGCAUGAACAAGGCCAAAGAGCAUGGCUUCUUGGGAUUCAGGAACUCCAAGAAUUCUUUCUUGACUUGGAUAGACAAAGCCAAAGCCUGCAAAAUUGUGCCUUGAACAGUGACAUUGGUAAAAGAACGUUAUCGCCUCGGGUUGUUUCAAACUGUCAACUUGUCCUCUCUUCUAAAAUAAAACUUGUUGCUCAGCGUGAAAGCUUCUGUAAGGGCGAGGUGGGCUUGGACGUCUGUCUUUAUAAUUUUAAAAAUAAAAUGAAAUGCGUUCGAGAGAGUGUGUCAUGUUUGUAAUCGAUUUGCUGCGACAUCGUUACGCAUUAGUAGUAUUGUGUUUGCUGCAAUUGCUCAUUAGAGGCUUUUAGAUUUUGUGCUUGUUGUGUUCAAAUAGUGAAAAAUAGUGAGACAAUGAUAUUCUUAAAUUUGAAAUUUA